UCUUACGCACAUGACGUCAGUGGGCUUUAACUUCCGGGUGGAGUAAUGUUGACGCAAUCCGCUGUAAGCUAAUGAGAGAAGCGCAGCUCUUUUAAUUCUCUCUCCUCAGACGCUUUGAUGAGACAGAGCAGGUUUAGUGUGCUGAGGUCAUCGAGGUGAAUGCAGAAUGGCCAGCGCAGCGGCCGGCGAGAGCUCCGCUUCAUCAGCAGUGAAUGGACAGACGGCGGGAGAGAACGGCAGCGGCGGCGGAGCUCAAGACAGCACGUUUGAGUGCAACAUCUGUCUGGACACGUCCAAAGACGCCGUCAUCAGUCUGUGCGGACAUCUCUUCUGCUGGCCUUGUUUGCAUCAGUGGCUGGAAACCAGGCCGAACAGACAGGUGUGUCCCGUUUGUAAGGCCGGCAUCAGUCGGGAUAAAGUGAUCCCGCUCUACGGCAGAGGCAGCACCGGCCAACAGGACCCCAGAGAGAGGACUCCUCCACGACCACAAGGACAGCGGCCAGAACCAGAGAACCGUGGCGGGUUUCAGGGCUUUGGCUUCGGCGAUGGAGGCUUCCAGAUGUCUUUCGGGAUUGGGGCUUUUCCUUUCGGGAUCUUCGCUACAGCGUUCAAUAUUAAUGACGGACGACCCCCUCCAGCAGCUCCAGGAACCCCUCAGCACGCCGAUGAGCAGUUCCUGUCUCGCCUCUUCCUGUUCGUGGCCCUCCUCAUCAUGUUCUGGCUGCUAAUCGCUUAAACGCUGAAGAACUGUACGCUGUCCGAGGACUAACGGCUAACUAACCCUUCAGUAGUGCAGCACGGAAACGGCUCUUUUUCUGUGAAAGAGAUGCAGCGCUUGCGUUGUGCUGUUUUCUUCCCAGAUCUGAUUUUAAAUAAACGCAAGAGUCUUAUUUCUCUAUUAUUGGAUGUUUUUACGAUUACGGUGCCAAAUGAUGCGGCUCACUGUAGGAAAGCUAGUAAAACCCAUAUAGGAAUAAAUAAAUCUUCCUAUCGUUUAAUUGUAGCUUAUUUUAAUUCAUAUUUUUGUUUUUAAAUAACUCGUCACAUGGGCUGAAGUAGAGCAUCUGUUCUUUUACUAAUCAAAAUUAAAUAAAAUGGAUUUAAAACAUCAUAAAAGCACGUGGAAGUUUAUUAAUCUAUUAUUUAGACUUUUUAAUUUUCUCAAAUAUUUGGGGAAAGAAAUGUUAUUUUCAGUGUGAGAGGCAUGAGCAGAUGUUGACUGUCCACAUGAUGAUUAAAUUUAAUUAUAAAUGUA